AGCUAGCCACAAAAGCUAUCACUGAAAGAAGCCGCAGCUGGCUUAAAAAAAAAGCCUUUUCGUUGUCACCACUAACCUCGAUCGAUUGGAGCAUCGGGUGACUGGAUAGCCCAAUGAAAUCUAGAGGGUGCAUCAGAGAAGAUGUAUCAAUCAUGAAUAGACCAGUCGAAAAACCUCUUCCAGUGCAUUCUACCGACGCUGGGGGACUGAUUUAUGCUGUCCAUGUUGUCAGCCCAUUUAUUGCUGCUCCUCGAUCAGUUCAUUGGGCUUCUUCGGCUAAGAAGAUUUUCAAUCAAAUACGUUGUAGCUGACGAAAACACGGACCUAUCUCCGGCUUACUCUCCUGAUCACCGAAAGAUGGACGAGGGCUUCUCUUACCUCAAAAACCCCUUUCCGUAGGUAAGGAUCAACAGGAUUGGUUGGGUAACUGGAAGCUGACUGAUCAGCUCGAAAGAAGCCCGCAACGAAUUCAGAAUGAUUAGGAAGGGCCGGACCUCUCUUGACCGAAGGCCUGACUUCUCUUCUCGAGCUCAUGGACUUUGUUCAUGGGGGGGCACUGAGCAAAUCGACUACACGGAACAAUCAAGCCCGAAUUCCCCUAGAUGGAAGAAGAAUGUGGACAGAUGGAACCAAAGAGGUCCCUGCUUAGCGCAGGCUACUUUUGAGCCCUAGAUCAAGAAUAAGGUGUCCCCUACACCGGACCGGAAUCUCCAUCCCGAUUAGGAACCACAAUAGUGAUUCUCAAUGGCUGGUUGUCUUUCAGAACCUGCUUCUGUGCUGACCAAGAAGCAGAACCAAAGCGAGCAGGCAGGACCAGUACCCUUAGUUGUUCUAUACCUUGCAGGAGAAAGGAAAAAGUAGCCAUUCGGGUAUGAAGUUGCUUGCACAUUGCCCCCCAACUCACACAGCUAGGUUUCGAGAGGGCUCUAUCGAUCUCCGGAACAGGGGAAGAAAGGGAGGAAGUGGGUGGUAUCGUAUAUAAGAUUAAGGACGCUUUUCGAAGUAAUGUGACCGAAAUAUCGUAAGAGAAGAAAGAAUUGAAAAGAGCCUAUUCAGUUAGUCAGAAAGCUAGAUCAAGAAAGCUGCGCCCAAUAGAGCAACGCCUUGAGUAGACCGAUAAGGUCUCGCGAAGCCGGUCACCGUACGCCUACGAUCCUAUCUGACUAUUGAGGAGUUUGAUCUUCUAUCUUUUGUUCAAUUGUGCGUGCUUUGCUUAACACAUGCAAUCGAAAGAAUGUUCGAUCAUCAAACUUAGACUCAAUGAAAGCUGCCGUUCACGUCAGGGUCCGAAGGAGAUGUAGUCACUUUGAGUCUUUCUUCUAGAUUGGGUUGGUGGUUAGUAAGGAAAGCCGGGUGUGGUGAUCCGAUCAACGAAAAUCCAUCCAGAAAUGACAUAGUAAGAAUCGCACUAAUCCGCGACCAGCAAGUUUUCCGAAACCAAACUGAAUAGAAUUGUGACUUUCAAAAAAUGCUUGCUGAAAAUCAAAGAAAGAAGGUCCAUUUUCCCACGUAGUUCGUCGGUCAAACCUACGAUUCUCUUCUUAAUAGAGAGAUCUUUUUCUAGUUAGACUUCUAUCAAUGCAAUGAAAGAACCAUCCCUUCCUAUUUCUUUGUCCAGUCAGAUAGAAAUCUAUAGAUAUAUACCCAAAAGAGCCCUUCUUUACCACUUUAGGGGGUGGGGGUGAAGGGGGGGUUUACAUACAACCGAGGCAAAGUGGUUUAUGAUUGAAUCUCAGAGGCAUUCUUAUCAUUUGGUAGAUCCAAGUCCAUGGCCGAUUUCGGGUUCACUCGGAGCUUUGGCAACCACCGUAGGAGGUGUGAUGUACAUGCACUCAUUUCAAGGGGGUGCAACACUUCUAAGUUUGGGCCUUCUAUUUAUCCUAUAUACCAUGUUUGUAUGGUGGCGCGAUGUUCUACGUGAAUCCACGUUGGAAGGACAUCAUACCAAAGUCGUACAAUUAGGACCUCGAUAUGGUUCUAUUCCGUUCAUCGUAUCGGAGGUUAUGUUCCUUUUUGCUUUUUUUCGGGCUUCUUCUCAUUCUUCUUUGGCACCUACGGUAGAGAUCGGAGGUAUUUGGCCCCCAAAAGGGAUUGAGGUUUUAGAUCCUCGGGAAAUCCCCUUUCUUAAUACCCCUAUUCUCCUUUCAUCCGGAGCAGCCGUAACUUGGGCUCAUCAUGCUAUACUCGCGGGGAAGGAAAAACGAGCAGUUUACGCUUUAGUAGCUACCGUUUCACUGGCUCUAGUAUUCACUGGCUUUCAAGGAAUGGAAUAUUAUCAAGCACCCUUCACUAUUUCAGAUAGUAUUUAUGGUUCUACCUUUUUCUUAGCAACUGGCUUUCAUGGUUUUCAUGUGAUUAUAGGUACUCUUUUCUUGAUCAUAUGUGGUAUUCGCCAAUAUCUUGGUCAUCUGACCAAGGAGCAUCACGUUGGCUUUGAAGCAGCUGCAUGGUACUGGCAUUUUGUAGACGUGGUUCGGUUAUUCCUAUUUGUCUCUAUCUAUUGGUGGGGAGGUAUAUGAGGGAACGAAACAGUGGAUUGAGGAAUGAAAGCUCGAAGACAAAGAGAACCCCAAAGAAUUACUGCAGCUUUACCACUCCCUAAUAUACUCAAUCUUCCACUUUCCUACCAAAUCUCUCUUUAUUCUGGCACAUAAAUGAAGGGAUCGAAGAUACUUUGGCGGAUUAUGUUCACCAAGAAAUGACCCGAAAUUGGAUCUUGGUCUAUUUGAUAUUGUUCUUUUUUUUCGAUAAAAAAUAUGUUUUCUUGU